ACCGGAACUGAAAGGCUACAUUUAAAUACAAAUAAUUGUAAUUUCACGUACUUGAACUGACGUUUGUAGCGCGAGAGAGAGAGAGAAAAUCCAUGAAUAAAUAAAUAAAAAAAACAAAAAUUUACCCAAAAACAACGAGCGAUAAGCAUCAAACUGUCUCACAAUAUCUCUUCUUUGUAUUCAUCGAUUUCUCCGCUCAAGAAGAUCUGCUAAUUGAAAUACCAGACGAUGUCUCCAGCAUCUAAAUCCAAGUCCAAGGCCUCUGGGAAAGCUGCCAAGGAGCAACAGAAGGUUGCUAUUAAGUCUUCUGGAUCUACCAACACUGGUAAUGGAAUUCCAGCUAGUGCUUACAAUCCUAUCUCUGGGACAUUCCAUACCCUUGAUACUUCAUCAAUUGCCACAUCUCCACCUUACCAUGACAAUGGCCGAUUCCGAAAUAUUGAUGAGACAGAUGAACAUUCCAGUAGCCCUUAUGGAACAGUGUCUGAAUAUGAUUCCAUUUCAAAUAAUGGAAGCUGCUCUGGUGAGUCAGAAGACACAAAAGAUAAGUUUGCGAAUCCCCAGCCAGAACCAAUACCUGGUUCUGACAACGAUAGACGAGAAAAGAUCCGUCUAAAGAAUGAGAAAAAGCACCAGCGUCAAAAAGAGAAGCGAGCACAGGAGUUGCAUGAGCGUUGUUGUGGCUAUCUGGUGUCAAGAAAACUGGAAGCACUUUCUGAGCAGCUUGUUGGAAUGGGCUUUUCUUCUGACCAGGCAACCCUUGCCCUCAUGCUGAAUGAUGGCAGGGUAGAAGAAUCAGUCAACUGGCUUCUGAACACAAAAGAAGAAGCACGAAACAAGGACCCUAGACUGGAAAGUUGUGGUACCUUGAAAAUCAAUAUAACUGAAGAGCUUUCACGCAUUACAGAGAUGGAGGUGAGAUACAAAUGUUCAAAGCAGGAGAUUGAAAGAGCUGUUCUUGCCUGUGAAGGUGAUCUUGAUAAGACAGAAGAUACCAUAAAGGCAAAAAAGCAGGAGCCACCUGCCACUUCACCAAAGCCAGAUGAUACUGCUAACAUCAAGAACCAGUUGAGACCACAAGAGAUACCUGCGGCUUCGGUUACAAUACGGCACAGACGGAACGAACGAGAUUUUAACUACACCAAGGCAGCUGCCACAGUACCAAUGUAUUUGGAACCUGGGAGUAGAAACUUGCAGUCUGCAGUUAUAAAUCAGCCUAAGUCACUGCCAGAUAAAAGAUGGGUGACCACUGGUUCAAGCCCUUCUGUUUCAAUAACUGCUGCAGCACCUAUGCAAGCAGUGUCUGCUACAAUAGUUGAUACUGGGCAUGCUGUUGUUGGAAAUAAGGGAAAGAAUAUCCAUCAAGUUAGAGAACCUGUGGUUGUGAUGCAGCGUCCACAAUCUAUAAAUGCCAAGCAGAUACCAGUGUCUAGUGUAACUGCUGCACCUACAGUAACUCCUGGAUGGUAUGCGAAAAAUGUUCCAGUUGCUGAUAAUAUAAGGCCAAAUGGUAAGAUAAUUCCUAGCAUGGGAAGUGUCGGCACAGAAAACCAAUUCUCAGAACAGUUUUAUCAUCAAGCACCUUACAAGGAGACCCAACAUGUGUAUAGCCAUCUAGAUUCUACACUGGCUGGUUCGGGAGGCACAUGGAGUUCAGUGGGUACAUCCCCUUCACUGGCAGCUCCAUUAAGGUCUCGGGGUUCUUGGAGUAAUAUGGGUAUGUCUUCACCUUCACUUGCCUUUCCAUCAUCUCUUGGACUUUUCUCAAGUUGGGGGUCUACCGGAACCUUAGGUUCUUCACAUGUAGAUUGGAAUACAGGAGGGUUGAUGCCAGAGUGUGACUACAACAGUAUAGAUUGGACUUUAAACACAAACUUAUCUUCAUCUGAAACAAGUGGGUUAUGGCUAGGCCUUUCAUCUCUAUUGAGGAACAGUUCUGGAAUGAGAAUGGGCAACACAAAUGGUUUGCAGGAUGGUGGAGUUGUUACAGAAACAUCAUCGUCAGUGGGUUUGUGCGAGUGGACGUCACCUUUUGCAGAGAAGGACAUAUUCAGUGUGCCUAGGCAGUUUGUUACUUCUUCUCCAUAGGAAUGUGGAAGAGGAGAAAGCAAACACAGGCUGGUCUAGUUUAUGUUUGGUUGGCUGUGUUGAUGGUUGUUCUGGUUUAUCAAUCAAAAUGAAUCUAGCUAUUUCUGGCUUA